AUGGUGGUGGAGGAGGUGGAGGAGGUGGAUGGUGGAGGCUAUGGUGGAGGCAUUGGAGGUGGAGGCGGUGGAGGAAUUGGUGGAGGCGGUGGAUAUGGUGGAGGUGGAAUUGAAAUCGGUGGAGGAGGAGGUGGAGUAUACGGUGAUGGAGGAGGUAUCGGAGGUGGAAUCGGUGGUCUUAGCAGUUACAGUGAAGUCGGAAGUGUAGGUGGAGGUAUUGGAGGAGGUGGAUUUGGAAGUGGGUUUGGAGGAGGAGGUGGAGGAGUCAGCAGUUAUAGCUCAUAUCGUAGAAGAAGGAGAAGCAUUACCAACUCAGAGAACGUUGGAGCUUCUACAGAGACUAAGGAAGCUAUCUCAGAAGACACGUACUUUAAACUGGUGAAGGCUGCGGACUCGACGAGGUGUGGCCAACGACUGGUGUGUGAGCUGGCUGCCAGGGUUGGUCUUGGACUCCAGCCAGAUGAACAGAUUAUUCUCGACCUCCUCAAGGAGAAACCCGAGGAUGAAAGCAAAAAGAACGAAGCUCGAUCAUUGUACGAAGCGGCCAUGGCAGCAGGAUAUGAUGGAGAGUCUUGUAAGAAACUCUAUUCCUCCUGUCCCUACACCAGCCAGCAGAUGAUGGCCGUGGUGCGAACAAUCGGACAAGAGAUCACAGGUACAUUUGAGGUUGAAUAGCAGGAAACCCAAGAAUAAACAUGUAUGAAGUACUUACCUGACACGGGAGAAGCUAGGGGUCUCAAGAGUCACCGUGUGAAGUUGAGGGCGUUUUUAUGGUUCCUGAUUGCAUGCGGACCCCAAGUCAAGUCUUCUUGUACAAGCACCAGAUUAUACAUAUCGUGCUAAAGUAAUUUCACACAAAUAAUAGUAACCUUACACCAGCCAUGACAGAAAGUAUCCCGCUACCCAAAUGUUUUUUAUAAUUCUUGCCAAAGGACUCGACUUCUUUAGUAAAAAUGAUUAUCGUUUUUUAUAUCUUAUGACCCAGGUGUUGUCUGUCUCUAACCAAGCCCAGUGUUGUGUGGCUGCCUCGUGUUUUAGCUCUACGGGUAUGUUAAGAGAUUCUUAAACCGCUCAGAGGUUAUGUAACAAGCAAAUGCUAGUUUAAUAGUUGUAGUUAAUGUAGAGUUGAGAGAAUUCUUCUGAUUUAAUAUAUGGAACAGAACAACACACUUAAACCACAUGAGGAAUUUAGUUUUAAAAUAAGACUGACUAAUAGUGGAAGACGGGUGCACAUGUUAACGAGCAACUUGAGGAAAAUGUUCGAUAGAAUGUAAGAAAGUUUCUACAGUAUCAUUACAGGCAAAAAAAUCCUUGAGUUGCUGGUUAACGUAUAGGCAACACAAGUGUCUUCUAGUGUCACCAUAACAUUGUCUUAGAACUUCCUUCACAUCCCAACAACGUCGAAAAAAGUAAAUUAUCAUGUGAAAAUUAAUUAAUAUCUAAGUAAGCUGAUCAUGUAAAAUUCCUGGCUCAAAAACGAAUUAUUAAUCAUUCUACUGAAAAUCGGGUGUUACACUCUUGGAAGACUUCUUACCGCUCUCUAUUGCACUGCUCGUUCAUAUUUUUCUCCUCAUUCUGUAGUGGAUGUGAUCAAUGUCUCUAAUAUUAAUUAUUUUUAGUAAUUAUUUUUAUAACUCUGCUCAAGACGUGGUAUUGAUCAUCGAGUGUUAUGUUAACAAAUACAGCACAGUACAGAACGUCAUUAUCUGUUGGUGAAAAUCUUUAUACACUUCCAAGCAAUUCUCCACGUAAGUAAUCUCUACUCAACAAGUCUAAUUUAGUAAAGAAAAUGAAGAAUCUCUUAGUACGGCCAUGACUAAAACAAAUCCAAAUAAUUGUAUUUUUAUGGACAAAUUUAGUUCAAUAAUGUGAUCUGUUUUGUACACAUGGCGUGAGUGAUAAGGAAGAAGAUGUGUCAUGGCUCAACGUCAUCAUGAUAUUGUGUGUGUGAAUAGAAAGGACUUCCAUUAUGCAUUCAAGGGUAAAAAAAAUGUCAGGUUACACACACACACACACACACACACACACACACACACACACACACACACACACACACACAGCUUAUAAAAACCCAUAUCGUGCCAACCCUGUAUCAUGUAUUAUGGAAGAAGCUAAGAAUGUGCAUAACUAAUUUCCAGACCUUUGUUUAUAACGUCUACAUCACGAGUCUGUGCUGUCAGUGGAUAUAUCGCUCUCAUUGUAAUCUUUACCCUAGUAUAAAAAAAUGUAAUAUCGGUUUUAUAAAUUCUUAAAAUAUGAAAAUAUAUAAUUAUCAGUAUUUUAUCUAAUUAUCUAAGAGAAUAAAAAUAUAAAUUAUAAUGAGAAAUCUGUCUGUGUGUCUGUUGAAAUUUUAAUAAUGUUGUAUUAAGUUCAUUGUCUGUAUAUUUCUCCUGUUGCAUAAUUCUCUUGUUGUAUUUUUCUCAUGUUGUAUAUUUCUCUUGUGUAUUUUAUCUGUGUGAAUGAUAAAGACUUGAUAUUUCAGUCUUGUUUUGUUGUAUAGAUAAAUAUUUUUUAUUGUUUACUGUAAGAAUAUAUAUAUUUUUUUAUCUUAUAUUUCUGCUGUAACUAGUAGAGAACAGGUGUAUAUACUAGUUUAAUUCAUCCACUAUGAAUCUCCUUACCAGUAUAUAACACGCAAUUUUACACAAUAUCAUUAAUGUUUUUUUUAAUAAACUGUAAACCACUUAAUUUUCUC